AAGCCUCGCCUCUGCAUCGGACCAACCCAGUCUUACUUCGUCCUGGUUCUUGUGAUCGUCGAAGAAUCUCAACCUUGCAGUGGAUCUAACCAGCCUCCUGCGAUCAUCAUGAACGCCGUUCUCUCCACCGUUCUAUUCGCGCUGUUCUCGGCCGCCUCCGCUGGCUUCAUCGGGGGCUACAGUGGCUACGGCGGUGGUCUUGGUGCCAUCAGUGGUGGUGCUGGCUACGCUGGCGGCUACGGCGCUGGUAUCGGAGGCGCUGUUGCUGCUGCUCCAGUUGCUGUCGCAGCCGCUCCAGCUGUUUCAGUGCGCAGCACGUCCUAUGGCAACAGUGCGGGAGGCGCCGCCAUUCUUUCCGGGGGCGCGGCUGGUGGUCUCGCCGGCAGUAGCGUCGGUCUAUUCUCUGGGGCCGGCCUCGGCUACGGUGGAGGACUCGGUCUCGGUGGUCUCGGAGGCGGUGCUGGAUACGGCGUCGCCGUUGCUCGUCCCGCCAUCGCCGUUGCUCGUCCCGCCAUCGCUGUAGCUCCAGCCGUGGCUGUGGCUCGUCCUGUGGCAGUGGCUCGUCCAGUGGCUGUGGCUCGUCCAGUGGCCGUGGCUCGUCCCAUCGCCGUUGCUGCCCCGGCUGUGGCUACUGUUGCUGCUGCCCCGGCUGUGGCUACCGUUGCUGCUGCCCCGGCUGUGGCUACCGUUGCUGCGGCGCCAGCUGUUGCCGUCGGAGGUGGUCUUGGUGGCCUGGGUCUUGUGGGCGGUGGCUACGGUGCAUACGGUGCUGGAUACGGUCUCGGCUAUGGCGCUGGUCUCACUAGGCUCGCUGUUGUUGGAGGUCACGGCGGCUAUGGGGGUGCCUACGGUGGCGGAUACGGAUUUGGCCAUGGCGCUGGCCUCGGCAGGCUCGGAGUUACUUAUGGCCAUGCCGCCAAGUGGUGAAUGCCGGCUCCCUCCGAGUGUCCUCGGACGCUGCAACAACAUGCACC